UAAAAAUAAAUGCCAGGACGGUCCGUGUGUGGGGAUUCCUGAGGAUUACCCGUCGUGCCCCGCGGGAAGAAGAUGGCGGAGGAGGAGGAGGGAAGGAGAUAAACUUUAUCCCAGAGAAAACAGCCGAAACUGGGAUAGCAAGCUGUGUGGGUGCUUUGGACAGCUAGAGGACGUGGCAGACUGGUCGAGUAGCGUUAGCUUCUAUCUUCGCGGUAGCUGGAGACAGGACAGGCAGACCAGCGGAGGAGGCAACAGUGUCCGGGGAAAGAAAGAAAUGAGACAAUUGGAUAAACUUUAUAUUCCCGGACAGAGUUAAUAUAUACUGGAAUAUUAUUACUAAGCAGGCACCUUGUGGAAACGAGAAGGUUAUCAAUAGCCUUGAAGUCAUUUGCCAGGAGCUGCAGAAUGUAGAGCUUAUAGGAUUGAGUUUCAUACCAGCUACCGACAGAGAGGGAUGCUUGAGCGCUCAGCAACAAGCAGAGCUCCUUUGUGGAAAACCAGUGAAUGAAGACAUAGCUGUGUGAUCAUCAGUUUCAGGUUGCAGUGUGGGACCAAAGGACAGCGUCUGAGGAUGACUAGCGCAGCUCCCGUGAGGAAGCCCUACCGCAAGGCACCGCCUCAGCACCGAGAGAUCCGGCAUGACCUGCCGGUGUUCAGAGACGAGCUGGACGGGGCAAUGGCCAUGCCGACAGCAGAGCCGUGCCAGGAAUCCCUUUCCGAUACGGACAGGAUCAAGGUCCUGCAGCAGCAGAAUGAGGACCUGCGACGAAGGCUCACCUACACCACCCACAAGAUGGAGGCGAUGGAGACAGAGUUCGAAUCCAGCCAGCACUACAUGGAGGCAGAGAUGGGAAGGACCAAGGACGAGCUGGAAAAGAUGAAGGAUAAGUUCCGCAGAUUGCAGAACAGUUACACAGCAUCCCAGAGAACCAACCAGGACUUGGAGGACAAACUUCAUGCACUGCUCAGAAGGGUGGAAAACGAUAAGAAAACCAUGGACCGGGAGAUUGUGGAGCUCACAAAUAAACUGUUGGAUGCUAAGAAUACCAUCGAUAAACUGGAAGAACUAAAUGAGCGCUAUCGGCAGGACUGUAACUUGGCCGUGCAGCUGUUGAAGUGCAAUAAAUCUCAUUUUAGGAACCACAAGUUUGCUGAUCUUCCUUAUGAAUUACAAGACAUGGUUAACAAGCACAUGAAGAUCAGUCCCCCUGAUUCAGGGCAAGUCCAGCAAGAUUUGUCCCCAAGCCUGGCUCCUACUGACGUGGUACCCACAUCAGUGAUUGCCCGGGUGCUGGAGAAGCCGGAGCCUUUGGUGCUGAACUCUGCCCAGUCGAGCAGCAGCGCAGGGCGCCCCGUGGCGGAGGAUGUUUUUGUGCACGUGGACAUGACCGGACAGCAGGCCGACAGGAACGGGCAGGGUCGGGACAGCAGUGGGCAGGGUUUGGCGAGAGGAGCCCACCAGCAGCAACAGAACGGGAUGUGUGGCCGGCAGGGCAGUGUAGAGAGCCUGGCAGGAGAGGAAGGAGGGAACGGAGGAGUGGUGCCCUCUUUUGAGAAGCUGAACCCGUACCCCACCCCCCCGCCCCCCCACCCUCUCUACCCAGGUCGCAAGGUCAUUGAGUUCUCCACCGACGACAAGGUGAAGAUCCCAAAGAACAGCCCGCUGCCAAACUGUACCUACGCCACCCGGCAGGCCAUCUCCCUCAGCCUGGUGCAAGGAGACGAUGAAGAGGAGCGGCAGAGAACGAUGCCCAACAGCCCUGCUGUGUCCGAGGGAGGCUGGCGGUCGGGGGCUUCUUCUUCCUCUGGCGCCGGUGGAGGUUGUGGCAGUCGCUGCCCUCCACAGCAGGACAUGACUGACCUCCGCUCCACCCAGUCCAGCCCAUUCAGCAGCCCACCACAGGCCCCCAGCGCCCUUGCCAGCUCGGCCAGCUCGGAGGAGGACAUCCUGUCCAACUGGCAGCGCAUGUUUGUGGAGAAGAUGGCUCCCAGUUCUAAGGGCACUCUGGUCAACCGCACCUCCUUCAGCAGCGAGACUGCCAAUGAGCUGCAGAGGAGCUUCCAGGGUAAGACUGUGCCUGGAGGUAGGAGGGGAAGGGGGGAGCAGCGGGGCGCCUACUCUGAUGGGGAAGAGUCGUCGGCACACAGCUGGACUGUCAGUCGUGAGUCCAGUCUGGACACAGAUAACAGCGUUGCAGAGUGCCGGGUCAAGAAGGGCCACUACAACACUGACUGCUCCCAUGAGGAGAGCGAGAGGCUCCUGAUGGCUGUAGACACUCAGGAUGAUGGUGGCAGCGUUGACACCACCAUUGCUACCACCCCCAUGACCAAGACGAGCCCUGUGGUGAAGACGAAGGAGUAUGUGGACAUAGGGUCUGCUGGGAGCUCCGGAGAGGAGCAGGAUAUUCUGCCACAGGAGUUGACAAUGAUCGCUCCAAGGGCUUUCCCCAGCUUGGAGGAGUUUGGAGAGAAGCCACCUCUACACCAUAUCACCACAACCUCCUCCAGGCCCCAGAAGAGCCCCAAACGGAUGGGGGUCCAUCACCUGCACCGCAAGGACAGCCUGACCCGGGCACAGGAGCAUGGAAACCUUCUUGAUUAAACAGGGUUAGGGAACAAGAGGAGACGCUGAACAGCAGAUACUCUCUUGGCACCCCUUAGUUUAUGAAUGAGACAGUCAGUCAGACCAGUUGUGGAUGAGGAGAGGCUGUCAGCAGAAGCAUGUUGUCUAUGUAUUGCCUGUCUAGAACAGCCACAUGUGGAUUGAUAAAUGUGGCUUUUGUAAGCAGGCUUUUCCCCAUCAAUAAGUUAAAUGCUUUGAGAGCAUGUCUAGACAGCACAGGUAGCUAUUAUAAAAAGGUGGACUUUAGCUUUUUGGUGCAAGAUAUAUAUAAUAUUACAUUACACACAUACAUACAUGCCUCAGUACUGUACAGGGUUAGAUAUCUGACUUCUUUAAACAAACUUGAGGUGCUUUGAAACUCCACACGAUUUUAGAGGCAUGCCUCACAAUCUUUCGCAAUGCACUGUGCAUUCAGCAUUGUGCUCUAUUGGGGUGUGUUGGACCCUAAUUGUUGUGAUCCAGGGUAUCCCGUUGUGCAGAAUGAAAUUGCCCUAUGCAUAGUAUUUAAAAGCAACCAAGGCAGAUGCUUUCUCUUUCUUGGUUAACAGUUGCCCGCGGGCACUUGAGGGAGUAACUGGUGGGCUGCUGGAUAGCAUAUGGGACUUGCAGACGUCUGAGAUGUUCCUAGACCACCCGAGACUGUCCACCUGGUGUUAACAGCAGCGUCUCUGGAGUUGCUGUUGCAGGAUCUUGCUGCCGUUUACAGUAUAAUUUCAGCGGACCCUUUUAUUCACUUGCAGUGCCUGUCCGCUUGAUACGGGGUAUGAUAUAAUUUAAAAAGAUUCAGUGUCCCUUGAAGGAUCACGUUUUAAUAUGAACUUUAGCUGUGUAUAUGUUUCUUUAAAAAGUAGGGAAUACAGUAUGUGGCCACUGAAGUAUAAUAGCAAGCAAAUGAGGCAUAGUUUAUUGUAAAGGCUCCCUCUCAAUCUUCUAAAGUUUACCAGUGCACUUUCAGUUUUUAGUGAUUGCAGGUUUGAACUUGUGUGUGAAUUUGCGUUUUGAGGUCUGGUUAUCUAUUUCUGCAUACUGUAUGUAGGGACAGUUUUCAUCUUUUGUCUUGUGUGAAAAUACUGCAAACAAAGCUGUACAGACUGAAAAUAGACAUUCAGGACAUGUGACUGUCUGUCUUCAUCACAGCAGUGUUUUGUAGGUGUGCAGAAAAAAAAAAGUAUUUUUAUAUUUCACUUUUUUCUAGUACAGCUCAUUUUACUGACAAAGAUCAGAACCCAGGUGUUAAUCCCGAUGUUCUCUGUCCGCAUUGUUUAUAAUCUGAUCUGAAUUUGCAAAAGCUUUGUACGCUGCUAAAGCACUUCAUACCUAAAAUCAGCAAACAUAUUAUAGCAGCUUGAUUUACAAAGGGGCAGUCACAUGUAAGCCUAUUGAUUUCCUAUAGGCUUGCUUACGCAUGUCUCUGAAAAUUAAAUCACAUAGUUUUUCCAUUUUGUAAUCUGUGUUAAAUUGUAACAGAAGUAACUAACUGGUGUUUUACCCAUGUGAGAUAUUAGUAAAUAUAGACGAACACAAGUGACUGGUAUCUUAGUGCCAGCUAACAUGGGAUCACAGUUGUCCUGGUAAACUUUGCCCUCCGUAGAACAGGGUCUUUAUCCAACCAAGUAUGUAGUUGUGCAAAUACUUAUCCUUGUUUGUUAAUUUGAAUGACCAACAGUAUAAUGCUGUACCAUUUUAGAAUACAAAUAUACAAGAACUCUUAAAUCAUACAGUAGUGUACUUUGAUCAGACUGAUCCACAACAGUACGUGACCCUUUUAAUAGAGAAACUGCCCAGAUGUCUUGUGGUGGGUGCUUUGGAGUGAGUUGAUCCUUUCACAGACAUUGGAUUUAAAACAUCUAGUUGUUUCUCCAAGCCCAGAGAAAAAGUCAUUAAUGGCGGGUAUCACAGACCCAUCAUCAGUUCUGAUCUUGGACUACCUUACCUAAGAUAACGUUUGGUAGUCCAAGAUUGCUAAUCCGGGUCUGUGGAACCAGCCACCAGAGACCCGGGUUCAACCCCCACUGUCAGCCUAGUCCGUUUGCUUCACACUAUCACACUGCAGGUCUUUGACAUGCACUGCUAUUUUCUUUCAGUGUUGACAAAAAAUAAAAUAAAAUAAUAAUCCUCUUUACCAAUUCUGAAAACAUGCCGUGUAAUUUGAAAGAGGUGAUAGAACUGCUACUUGAAAGACUGCUUGAGCAGCCCAGCAGUUCAUUUAUACCAAUUGUUGGCUCAGGGGUAAGUCAGUGUCUUUGCAGAAGUGCAUUUUUUUUUUUUUUCUGAAUUCACAUGUCAUCUGUUUAUUUACCUGAUCAGGAAUGUAAUCUUUAUUUUGUAGCGUUGAUCUGACAUACGUUUGAUGUUAUACUUGUUGUUUUUCCUUGUAUUUAUUUUUUUAUUUAGCGUUAAGAUUUCGUCAUGAUGUUUACUGUGCAUUGAUUUGCGUUAAGUCCAUCAAUGAGAUAUUCAGAGCAGUCUUGACUUCCAGAGUAAAUGUACUCCAGAUAGUGAAUUUAUUACUUUGUGUUGAGCAAAAUCAUAACCACUCCCCAAUGAAAAACAAGACUACACAUUUGUUCAAUAUAAAUUAAAUGUUGGUGUUGCACUUAAAAUAAUGGAGCAGCUUUUGUGGGUAAAUGGUUAGGUUUAGUAUCACCACUGUACAGUGGUAUCAGCUUAACCACAGUUCCCCAUUCCUGUUAGUGCAACACACCAUAAAAUGUGCAUGGUAGGGAAGCAUUCCUGUAAUUAAGGGUGGUCAAUUGUCUUCACCAUUUUAAGCAUUUUUAACCCACACCACAUCUCAAAAUGUAACAGAUGCAACAUUAGGAGCAAAUGUUAAUGCAGUAUUUCAGAUGUGUUGUCUGUAUGAGAAUUAGCAAGGUGCUAUAAGUUGUAGUUUCUGGAAUUCAGUUUUUGAAAAUGAGGAAGUUGUAUUUUUGGUUUAUUACGUAGAGCAGGCUGGGAUAAUGAAGAAGCGGGGGUUAUGAAGUAACAUUUCCGUGUCUUGAUUCAAAUACAUGAUAGGGAAAUUGCCUAGAGAACCUCAGUUCUCAUACCAUGAUCUGUUUAAAACACCUCCAUACUUACUCUGUGUAUAUAGUCUGCUCGCGUAAUGUGAAGAGUGUUGGCCAUUUUUAACACAUCAGUGACAAUAUGGCAUUGCAGGCAGCAAGUAAAAAUUUUAAAGCAAUGCUCCCUUCUUUAUAUGGUGUGAGUCAUAAUGUACUGUAUGAAUGACAUUACAUUCUACAUAGGUCUUCACCAUCUGCUAUUACAGCUCUCCUCGUCUUUAAUUAUUCAAAGAAAUUGGCUUCAGCGUGACAGGACAGUUGUUAGGUCAAGAAUAUGAGACAGUUGGGGCAGUCUGAUGUGCGAUAUUGUGAAUUUCCAUUUCAUUAUACAAAAAGGAGCUUCUUAUUCUUAUUGUCAUCAAUUAAUAAACAGAACUGUCUCCCCAAAAUAAAUAAUGCAUUCCCUUUAUUACUUUCUAAAAUAUGCUGCCUACUCCCUUAAAGCCAAAAACAGACAUUUGUCAGUGUUACACAUGUGGAAACAUCGGUAUGAAUAUUUCAUUGUGUUCUGUGAUGUUCUGAAGGUGCACUUUUCACUAGCUUUCAUGGGAAAAUGUGAUUACUCAUCUUUCUCGUGCACAUCGGCUCUUAAGUUAUGAGGCAGAUUCAAGAUGCUUUCUCCACAUCUUCUUUAACUUUCAUGUAGACUCAAGGUCUCCACACGCCGGACGCGAUGCAGUUUGUCCUGUGAUUUAAAAUGGUACUUUCGCUGCAACACUACCUUUCAUGCCAGUGGCUACAGGCGCAUGGAUGUGAUAGUUGACUCUCCUCUGAUUUGUAUCAUCAGCUGGAACACAAUCACAUGUAUGAUAGUCCCUUUAUACAGCUAAUAAAAUGGCUUUUUAGAAUACUUAUUUCAGUAAAGGUAAAUGAAUCGUACACCACAGCGAUAUCCAGUUCCCUGAAAAUGGACUGCCAGAUGUUCUCCCUCAUUGCUGUGUCUUUAUAUUUUUUGUGUCCUUUUAUUGUACAGCUCCGGGUAUAUUGAUACUGCAAGAAUUAUUUUCUUCUGCCGUUGUUUACUAAAUGCGUGCAAGGGCAGCUGUUCCUCAUUGAUCACGACAAAAUCGCAAAAAUAGACACGAAUCCUAUUUGUUUUUGCAUCGCUUCAGUAUCGCCGUCACAUUUUUUUUUUUGUUUGUUUGUAUUUCAAAAAAGUAAAAAAAAAACUGCUUGAAUUAGUUGAAUAGGGGCUUCAUAUCUGCUUUUUUUAAGCUGUAUUCAUACUGGUCACACUGAAUUAAUAUUCUCCUUUAUUCGUGUUCAGUAAAAUGAGUAAUUGUAAGUUUACCCCAGGAGUUUUCCGACUAUCCCAGCUUGCUCUGAACAGGUGAUCCAGUGUCAUUUUUACUUCAUAAACAGUCUAGGAACUCUGAAAUCAUACUUUAGUACAGUAUCCCAGAUCUACAGUUUUUGACUUGUAAAAAUAUAUAACCCCCCACCCCCCCCACCCCCAAAUUUAAAAAAAAAAUAUAUAUAUAUAUAUAUAUAUAUAUAUAUAUAUCGUCAUUAAUCAAAUUGAUCUUGAUACUCCUGUCACAAGAAUCCAAAGCUAUUGAUUGAUAAACCCAGAUGUCUUCUGUUCUUUCUAAUGCUUCAUUUUUGUAAGGAUGGAUUGGUUAAGGUGGAAACUAACAACAUAGUGAGUGUAAUUGUAGUUAUAUAUACGAAGUAUGUCCUCUAAUGGGCUUGAGACUUUCAUUUCUCAUUACGGUUAGGGGUAUGCACUGAUUUGUGUUUCCUAGCGGUAUAUUGCAAUGAGAUCCUUUUAUGGUCCUAAGAAAUAGAACUGUGUUUGUUGGGUUUUCAUUAUUGUUUUUGUCCCAUAUCUGUUCAUUCCAUUCCAUUUCUCUUUUUCUUUUCCUAAAGACAAAGCUUCCAUGGUUUUGUAGUUGCACCCUCUAAAUUUCAUCCUUGUAAAAAAGAAAAAAAAAGACUUAACCUGUACUAAUUUUAUUUUCUGAAUUUUUAAACUGAGGUUGUAUAUUUUAAAACAAAUAAACUAUUUUAAACUUA